AAGUUUCUUUAGAACAAUGAGUUGUUAAAGUUCCUUUGUAUGCAGAUAACAGCGCAGAUCAGUGUCCGUCCUGUGAUUGGACAGAUCAGUGUCCGUCCUGUGAUUGGACAGAUCAGUGUCCGUCCUGUGAUUGGACUGAUCAGUGUCCGUCCUGUGAUUGGACAGAUCAGUGAUUGGUGGCUUCCUGUCCAGCAGGAAGUUGUGAACAGAGUUUAAAAGUUGCUGCAGGACUGCAGACAUUCACAGGAAGCUGGAUCAGCAAUGGCUCUGCUGAAGGUUCUGCUGCUGCUGCUGGUGCUGGGCGUUUCAGUGAACUCAGAUGUUUCUCUGCAUAAGAGAAUCAUUGGAGGUAAUGACUGUCUUGUGGACGAGCAUCUUUAUUAUGUUCGGCUGUUGAGCAGAAAGGGACCCACAUUGACUCUGUGUGGAGGAACUCUGAUCCACCCUGAGUGGGUCCUGACUGCAGCUCACUGCUGGGCGUCGGAGAAUUUGUGGUCUAACGUAGCAAUAUUUAAAGUUCAUCCACGGGGGGCUAUACAGGAGAAUCGGUUAAUCCGAGACGAUCCUGUGAUUUAUACUGAAGAAGGCCGACAGCAUGACAUCAUGUUGCUGAAGCUUCGGAGGCCAGUAACAGACGUCCCACCUGCUCUGCUACCAAGUUGCGAGGAUCGCCUUCAGAUAGGCCAGACAGUUCAGCUGAUAGGAGAGGGAGCAACGGCAACCGGCCCCUGUAAUAAGCGAUUAACCAGUGCUGAUAUUGCAACACAACUUCAGUGUGUCAACAUGAAAGUUGCUGAUGUUUCUCAGUUUGACCAGAAAUGUGGGCACAUAUUCCUCACUGAAGCAAAGGACAAGGAUGUAUGUCAUGGCGACUCUGGCUCAGCAGUCGUGUUUGACGGCAGGAUUUAUGGUGUGAUUGUUGAAUGUGCAGAAAACUAUCCAUGUCAGAUGCCAGCUAAAAUCAUGGAUGUGUGUGAAUACAAGGCCUGGAUCAAAGAAACAACUGGGAUUGAAUAAAACAAACUGAAAUUCUCAUUAAAUUUCCUGUCAGAUAUGAUUUUAUAGUCCAAAGAGCUACACAAAAAUAAUGACAUAAUAUCAUAAUAACUUAAAAAAUAAUCACACUUUUAAUAAAGAUACAAAGGAAAUAAAAAGUUCAAUAAUUAAAAGCAGUCAAAAUCUGGAAUGUGAGAAUUUUAAAGAAAAUAUUUAAAAAACAGGUAAAACUUCUGGUUGCCACAAAUGGUUCCUCUAUUGCAGUUAAAAAGUGUCACUGUUAAUUUUACAUAUUAGUUUAAACACCUUUUAUAGGCUUACAUAAAGCUAUACAAAAUAAUGAUCUUAAAAACAUUAACAAAAAUAAAAAGAUUUCCUUUCACUGUUGAAAUUAAAAUCUAAAUGAUAUUCUAUGCAAAACUUCUCAGAAAUUACAAUUUGGUUUUCAAACGUUUAAAUUUGUGCUACAUAAAUGUUGUAAUAACAUCUGGAAAAAAGUAAAAAGAUGUUAGUGCUGCUAAAAUAUGUCAUUAAAUCCACCGUCAUGUUUUUCACUGAAAUGUUGAAUCAAAUUAAACCAAGGAGGUUUGGAUCAUCAUGAAUUCAAUAUUCACUGUUCAAAUAGUAUUAACAAUUUGAACUCAUUUCUAUCCAACCGAGAAUAUUUCAUUAUGCUGUUAUUAAAUGAUAAAUGUUUCUAGA